UGUGCGGUGCGCAGCUUGGGCAGCUUCAUGGGUUGGGCAGAGAAAGCUAUAUGGAAACACGUGACAGGGCUUGUAGGAGCGACGCUUCAUAAGUGUGGAGACUCGGAGAAAACGAGUGGAGAGAGACGCUGGAGCCAGCAGCAGCAAGAAGCAAGCAGCAGCAGCAGCAGCGGCAACCUGUCUCCACAAAGCUGGAGCGCACUCCAAGAACACUUCUACAGACAUUUGAAAAAACUUACACGUAGAACUUGAGAAAAGAAACUAAUAAUUAUGACUCUCAUGGUGGUUUUAUUUUAACCCAUACACGCUGGUUGUCUCUCCUUUUAUGUAAGAUCUGUGUUGGUUGGAUGAUGCACUUGUGACUUGGAUUAACGCGCGGUGAUAAAGGGCGAUUCUGCGCACUUGGAAAAAUUAUGUAAGGUUGUCCAGGUGUCUUAGACUGCCGUUGUACCCUCAGACACAGCCAUGAAAUCUGUGCUUGACGGUGUGGCGGACACCACCUUCCGGACUAUUACAUCUGGUUUACAGUAUCUGGGCUCCAACGAUGCAAACUAUGACGACCCCCUGAAUGAUGCAGACUUCAAGGCGGGUUUCUCUCUGCAGAAGCCUCUAUCUGCUUUCCGCAGCAACUCCUUCCCAGACAAAGUACCCCCAGACGAGGACCUCAUCCUCAAAGGCAUCCCCUUCUUCCCCACCAAUGCCACAGACUUGUUUGGCAACAGGAGCACCUUCAGAGAUGAGACUAACACUAUACAAUGUGGGGAGAACUUUAUGGACAUGGAGUGUUUCAUGAUCCUGACUCCCAGCCAGCAGCUGGCUGUGGCUGUGAUGUCUCUGACUCUGGGUACCUUCACGGUGUUGGAGAACCUGGUGGUGCUCUGCGUCAUCUUGCAGUCCCGCACCCUCCGCUGCCGGCCGUCCUACCACUUCAUCGGCAGUCUGGCCGUGGCUGACCUGCUGGGAAGUGUCAUAUUUGUCUACAGCUUUCUGGACUUUCAUGUUUUCCACAGGAAGGACAGCCCCAACGUUUUCCUCUUCAAGCUGGGUGGAGUCACGGCAUCAUUCACUGCAUCUGUGGGGAGUCUUUUCCUCACAGCUAUCGACCGCUACAUCUCUAUACACCGGCCCCUCGCCUACAGGCGCAUUGUGACACGGACCAAGGCUGUCAUUGCCUUUUGCAUGAUGUGGACCAUCUCUAUCGUCAUCGCAGUGCUACCUCUGCUGGGCUGGAACUGUAAACGUCUCAAUUCUGUUUGCUCAGAUAUAUUCCCUCUGAUUGAUGAGAACUACCUGUUGUUCUGGAUCGGUGUGACCAGCGUGCUGGUUCUUUUCAUUAUCUACGCCUACAUAUACAUCCUGUGGAAAGCACACCACCACGCUGUGCGAAUGCUAAGCCGCACCUCCCAGAAGAGCCUUGUUGUUUAUUCAGCAGAUGGGACCAAAGUGCAGACCACACGCCCUGAGCAGACACGAAUGGACAUCCGUCUGGCCAAAACCCUGGUGCUUAUCCUGGUGGUGCUGGUCAUCUGCUGGGGCCCAGUGCUCGCCAUCAUGGUCUACGACCUCUUCUGGAAGAUGGAUGAUGACAUCAAGACAGUAUUUGCUUUCUGCACCAUGCUCUGCCUGCUCAACUCCACUGUCAAUCCAGUCAUCUACGCCUUGAGGAGCAAGGACCUGCGGCAUGCCUUCCUCAGCUCCUGCCAUGCCUGCAGGGGCAGUGCCCAGCAGUUGGAUAAUAGCCUCGAGUCAGACUGCCAGAACAGAAAUGCCAACAUUUCUGCCAACAGGGCUGCAGAGAGUUGCGUGAAGACCACUGUGAAAAUAGCCAAAGUAACAAUGUCUGUGUCAACUGAAACUUCUGCAGAGGCUGUCUAAUUGGCUGUCGUGGGGGGGGAAAUAGUGUAAAUGUCAUCUUCUCCAAACAAUGCCAUUUAACACAAUAAAGCAGAACUUAGAUAGAAAAAAAAGUAUUAGUAUCAAAGUAUUGACUUAAAUCCUCACAUAGACGCUUUAGUGGUUGCAUUAUUUUACGUUGGUGUGUGAGUACAUAGCGUGCCAAAGUGCCAAACGGUAUUGCAAGUUCAUAGAAAGGACUCACAAUUUGAAAGGAUUAUCAAAGACUAUCAUAAGUCUGCAGUUUACCAUAGACUUCAUGAUAUCCAGUUAGUGAAGGCAUAUUAUAUUUUUGUACUGUGAAUUCAGGUUUUGAAAACAAUAUAUCUUCAUUUAUGGGAUAAGGGGCUACUGACGUUUUUAAUUCGAGAUGUUUAACUGUCUCAUUUAGACUUUAACAUGUGUCUUGCACCAUAAAUAAAUUUAAAAAAGACUUCGCGCCUUGACUUUCUACAGGCUUCGUGUACAUGUUGCAUAUACACAUUUCUAUCAUGAAAUGAUAAAAAAAAAGUCUAAAUGACUCUGAUUGUUUCCAAAAUUGACAUUAAAUAUGUCAUUUUGUACUCUUCAUCUGACAACACUCACAGUGAGUGGCAAGUGUGAGAGAGGUCUGAGAUAGAAAACAUAUUUAUCGUCGUCACGAGUAAACUCCUAAAGAGAUGGAGGUAAAUGUAUUCACGGCUUUCGAGUACGUCAAAUCUGAAAAGGCAUUUUUCUGUGGCAGAGUGACGAUCGUCCCUGUUGUCCAUUUCUUACUCGCUAGCUGUUAGACCUUUAGAGUAACGUGUCUUUGUUCAAAUGUAUACCUAAUAACUGUACAGUGUUUACUUGCAAAAUAAAAAACUGUUCAAAUCGACUCAUUCAGCUAUACAGCCGACAACAACAAGAACAACAACAGCAACAGGCUUUUGGCCAAAGCUUGAACUCAUCAAACUGAAUUUGGACGCAGUGUGCUGGUCACUACUGUAACAAAGUGAUUUAUGACUAUAGCUGCUUUCAUCCAAUGUAUGAUUUUACUGGAUUCAACCUUGUACAUGUGUGUGAUAACCUUGUGACUUGGUGAUAUAUUUCCAAUCCCAAGCCUUUUGAUCAUUGCAGUGAGUUGUUUUAGUGCUACUGUUGCAGUGGGGGUAUCACUUCAGGGGGGUGGGAUGAAAACAAACCCAUGCACAGGCCUAGUGAAGUACUUUUGGCGUAACUCUAAAUAAAAAAAAUAUGUCUGCUGUUAAUUUUACUUAUCUAAAUAAAGAAACAAGGGUCUUUUUCGUCAGCUGGCAACUUGAAUGGAAGUCUGUGUGUAUGCCGUGUGCGGAGAACCGACAAACAAAAGAAAAAAAACUGAGAAGAUGUGAUGUAGUACUUUUAAUCUAGAAAUCUCACAGCACAAUUGUUCUGUAGACAUUUAUCUUGGUGUAAAGUUAUCCAGACAGCUGUUUAUCAGUAUGCUUUGCUGCCUCUUGUAUUAUUGAGUAUUGAAGAUCAAAUUGUCAAACUGUCAAGUGGCUUCUGUACAGUGGUGGCAUAAUGAGGAAUCUAUGACUUUAAAAAUCACAGUCAAGUGUUUUUAGUAUUGCUGUUUUCAAACUUUUGAAUAAAGUUGCAGCUGGUUGUCAGUUUUUCGCCUGCA